AUGGCUGAUGAAUAUGAUGCAACAACACUCGAUGGUUAUAUAGAUGAUGAUUUAGCAUUAAUUAAAAAUACAGAUGUAUGGGAAGUAUAUAAACAUGGUGCACAUCAUAAUGAUGAUAUAUGUUAUGUUUAUAAAACUCCAGAUGAUCCUAUUUGGUGGAUUAAAUUGGUAGCAUAUAUAGAUGAUGGUUCAUUAGCAAAUAUUGAUGAUUUACUUGAUGCUAGUUUACAACAACGUCAUUCUGAAUGGCAUGCACUUUAUUUGGAUGGUAGAAUUGUUCGUAAGAAUGAUGAUGGUCGUAGUGAAAUUUGUUAUUUUCAAUAUGCAUCACCAUCAAUACUAACUUCUGGUCGUGAUAUGUGUUACAUUAAAGUACGACGUAAUCUUGACAAUGGAUUUAUUCUUAGUUAUCGAUCAGUCGACAUACCCGAAGCAAUUGAUUCAAGUGGUAAAUUUGUACGAGCAACGUAUAAAGGUGCACAUCUUAUUGAAACAAGUAAAGAUGCACCUGGUUUUCUUUAUACAUAUUUACAAUAUGCGGAUCCAGGUGGUAGUAUUCCAAAAGUAUUAGUUAAUCGACCUCAAUGUGAUAUUAUUCUUAAUGAAAUUGACGGUAUUCGACGUGCUUUAAAAAAUUCAAUACAUUCUAAAUAA